GAAUAAAAGAGGGAUAGUGAACCUACUUUCCUUACUCUCACUCUACCACACAUCAAUGGAUUCUCUGGUUCUAUUAUGUACCGGGGCUCUCCUCGCCGGUGGUCUAUUUUGGUUCGUAUGUAUUCUCGGCCCCGCCGAACAGAAGGGCAAGCGCGCCGUCGAUCUCUCUGGUGGUUCGAUAUCAGCGGACAAGGUCCAAGACAACUACAAGCAGUACUGGUCCUUCUUCCGCCGCCCAAAAGAGAUCGAGAAAGCGGAGAAGGUUCCGGACUUCGUUGACACGUUUUACAAUUUAGUCACUGAUAUUUACGAGUGGGGAUGGGGUCAGUCUUUCCACUUCUCCCCAUCCAUCCAGGGGAAAUCUCACGGGGAAGCCACGCGCCUCCAUGAGCAGAUGGCGGUCGAUCUGAUUGGUGUGAAGCCUGGAGAACGAAUUCUUGACGUAGGAUGCGGAGUCGGAGGUCCGAUGCGGGCAAUCGCUGCCCAUUCACGCGCGAAGGUGGUUGGAAUCACCAUCAACGAGUACCAGGUGAACCGUGCCCGAUUGCACAACAAGAAGGCAGGGUUAGAUUCUCUCUGCGAGGUUGUUUGUGGAAAUUUCCUCCAAAUGCCUUUCGCUGACAACAGCUUCGACGGCGCGUACUCGAUCGAAGCGACCUGUCACGCGCCGCAGCUGGAGGAAGUGUACGCCGAGGUGUUUAGGGUUUUGAAGCCCGGAACUCUCUACGUUUCAUACGAAUGGGUCACGACUGACAAAUUCAACGCUAAUGAUGCUGAACAGGUGGACAUCAUUCAGGGAAUCGAGAGAGGAGACGCUUUACCGGGGCUCAGAAGCUACUCCGACAUCGCAGAAACGGCGAGGAAGGUCGGAUUUGAGUUGGUGAAGGAGAAGGAUCUGGCGAAACCACCAGCGAAUCCGUGGUGGUCCCGGUUGAAGAUGGGCCGGAUCGCGUACUGGAGGAACCACAUUCUGGUUUCAAUCUUGUCCGCUAUUGGGAUUGCUCCAAAGGGGACCGUUGAUGUUCACGAGAUGCUGUUCCACACCGCUGAUUAUCUGACCCGCGGUGGCGAGACCGGGAUUUUCAGUCCAAUGCAUAUGGUUCUCCUCAGAAAGCCGGAGUCAUCCAAACCCGCUUCGUCUUAACCAAUGAGGAGGCUACACCUCGCUCCUUUGGCUUUCUCCCCAGGCUGAUGAUGGGAUUCUCCAUUGGAUUUUCAUUUGAGAAAUGACUUGGUUUCAAGAACGGUAUAUGAUCGGAGUUCCAUUAGCAUGCAUAUUCUAGAUUUCAAGUUUCAAGUUCAAUGGAUCUGGAUCUACAUCUACCUCCAUAUAUGUUUGGAGGAUUGUUCACAUGGCAAGAUUUGUUUUGCUCAAGUUGUUUUUUUUUUUGUUUGCUUGUUUAAUUAGACAUAGUCCGAUGUGUUCUAGUUGUUUUUAUUGUUUGUUUGUUUAGUCUAUUUUGAUAUAUCCCGAUAUCAUUUGUAAUCCAGUGUUUUGUCAGUGUAGUCGGGUCUUUGUUU